UAAGAUUUCCUCGGAGGUACAUUUUGCUAGUCCAUGGUUUAGAACCGCAAAGAAGCGAAAUUAUUUUCUCAUGUACCGAUUAUCAAUAUACGAUACUCAAUUCUCGGAGGAAGCAGCAGUUCUUAAACACUAUGGACUUGAUAACCUCAAUCCUGAUUACUGGGAAGAAGAAGACAACCGAAAGUCUUUAAGAUAUUCUAUUAGCGACUUUAGCAACAAUAUUACCCCUGGUGAUGAACGGAGUUGCGAUGAUGCCGAUCCCCUUGGUUUAAAGCAGAAUGUUUUUGGCGACACUCCUUAUGCGGAUUUAUUGAGAGGAGCAGAUUUUUUAAGAUAUACUUUGGACCAAAAAUCCGAAGCUCUUCGUAAUUUAGUUCAAGAUAAUUUUGAUAGAUUCGUAAGUGCGAAAAACACCAUAGAUACUGUUUAUGGCGAAAUGAAAGCGAAGAGUUUGAAUCCUGAAAGCGGUUAUGGUGUUAAUGUGUUGGAUAAUGCAAUCUCCGAUGCUUGUGAUAGGGCGGAACAAGUUUUUGGACCGGUUUUAGCUAAUAGAAGCAAAGCUGAUAAAAUACGUAGCACUUUGAGUGUAUUAGAAAAAUACAAAUAUUUCUUUAAUUUACCUAGCAGCCUUAUGGAGUCUAUGAAACAGCAAAAAUACGAUAUGGUAAUCAGAGAUUAUAAGAAAGGAAAGGUCGUAUUAGAUUCAACUAUGGGAACAGAAGGAACUGAUACUAAUGGAGCAGCCUCAGAAAGAGAAUAUGAUGAGACUGCCCUUUCUGCUCAAUAUAGGAAGGUCUUUGAUAAAGUUUGGUUAGAAGUUGAUAAGAUCAUGGAAGAGAUGAAAGAUCAGUUAUUCAAGCAAUUAACCGAACCUUGGAGAUCAAUGGAAGAACAAGAAAAAACUAUCAAUAUACUUCUGGAGCUUGAAACAGUGGAGGACCCGGUAUGGCAUUAUCUUGACAGUCAAUAUAAAUUUAUUAUUGACCUUCUCAAGGAAUCGUAUCAAGAACAGUUAGAUAAGAUCCAAGCUUUAAAGAAAUCAUUUCCAGAAAAUUAUAGCAAUAAUAAGGAAAUGGCGAUUCGUCUCAAGAAAUCUAUUAGAAGUGUCAACUUAAGGGAUUUCGAUUCCUUAAUAGCUGGCAAAGAAAUGGAUGUACAAAUGUGGAAGGCAAUAUUAGAGAUUGUAAAAUCAUUAUCGGAUUUGCUCUUGAGAUGCCUACCAGAUUUUUGGAAAUUAAGCAAAUCUUUUAUGGACGGAAAGUUUCAAAAGAGUCCCACAGUAUUAAGUGCUAAUAAGCGUAGACGUCAAGGAAUGGAUUUACGAAAGGUAGAUCAAUGCGAAAAAAUGGCAAGUGGAGUAAUCGAGCUUUACGCAUCAUUUUUAUCGGAGUUAUUUAGUCUGUCGCCAUCUGAUGAACCUAGCACGCCAGUUACUCCAAUUUCUCCAAUUACUACCUAUAAAAAGCCAUCAUUCGUUCCAUCGCAUUCAGAUUCUGUGACUACUUGUUACUUUUUAACAAAGGUUCUUAAGGAAAUGAAUGAAUGCGUAAAUGAUAUUAAUUCUAUAAAUAUGGCAUCUGAUGCCUCUGGUACAUUAUCUACGUUAAUGGAUCAAACUAGGUGGUGUUUCAUAGAAGUUAUUUGUGAAACGUGGAAUGCGGAUGCAAAAAAUUUCUUUUAUCUUGAAGACUGGUCUCUUGACCAAGAUAACCGUGAAAUUACCAAUUUCUUGCGGAACUUUCAUAUAUUCCACAAGUAUAAUUCUCGCAGUGCUUACAAAAUCGCAAGCCUAAAUUAUGUAUCUGAUAAAGAGGAUAACAAGUCGAAAAUACCCGAGAAUUACUUCUAUAAGAUCAAAGAAGCUUUCCUUAAUUCUAUCUAUGCUUACUUGGAAGGUUUAGUUCAUCUUGUAUUUACAGAUUAUACUCCACUUGAAACUGUCAUCGAAAAAGAACCCACAGACAUUAUUCACAAAACAAGGAUUGAUCCAUCUCAAAUGGAUUCAAGGAUUUUGCUCACUAUUAGUAAUUUUUCCAAUCUUAAACAAUUAAUGAUACCAAGAAUUGUAUCCCAAUUUGAAACCGCUUAUAAAUGCAGUAUGGUGGAAGAUAUUGAAUCACUUAAUACCGUUGUUGAUCAACUUGAUGGUAUUUUGUUUGAGGAUUAUAUAAAACGCAAAUCUGCAAAUGUUCGUGAUAUUAUUACAAAUGGUAUUCUUUCAGGUGAAAUUGAUUGGUCAAACAUAUCUAAACCUACAGAGGUGCAUUCUUUUGUGUAUGAAGCUUUGUUAUCACUCGUACUUGUUCAUGCACAAAUUAGUGAUAUCGCCAAACCAUUAAUUAAUCGUGCAUUAACAGUAUUAUUGGAAUCUAUGGCACAUGAUUGUCUUGAAGCUUUUUCAAAAGUAGAGAAAUUUAGUUUAGGUGGAAUGUGCCAGGCAACGCUUGAAAUUGAAUUUAUGAAUCAAACAUUGGCACAAUAUGUUUCCCCGCAAGCACAAGAAACAUUACAACUUAUUUAUACAACAAUCGAACAAUUAUAUGAUACUUCAUCAGGGAAUGGUAGAUUAGAUUCUGAAUUAAGUAGUGUAAAACAAUUUUUGAUUGAAAGUAGAAAAAAUACUAGUUUACAAUUUAUGUGCUUUAAAAAACCAAAAUAA